UGGGCGACUUAUUUUGGGGCGCUGAGGUGAGUGCGGACCGGACCGCGCUCCCUUCCGAGUUCUGCCUUCUCUGGCUCCUGCCCGUUCUAAGAGGAAGACAGUAUGAUUAAGCUCCAGGAAACUGUGACCUUCAAGGAUGUGGCUGUGGUCUUCACCGAGGAAGAGCUUGUGCUAUUGGACUCCACCCAGAUAAACCUGUACCAAGACGUGAUGCUGGAGAACUUCAGGAACCUGGUCUCUGUGGGUGAGAACAGCGACCUCCCUGUAAGAUCCUGGAAGGUCCCUGUGAUCGUUUGUGCCUCUCACCAUGUCCAGAACUCCAUGAUUAUGUAUAUUACAUGAAUCAUAUGGGAGCCUUCCCCAUGC